AAAGAAAGCAAAGUGAUACGUCUUGGAGUUAAUUCACGUGAGAGAAGACGAAUGCAUGAUUUAAAUGACGCUUUAGAUGAAUUACGAUCAGUUAUUCCCUACGCCCAUUCUCCAUCGGUGAGAAAACUCUCAAAAAUAGCCACUAUGUUACUAGCUAAGAAUUAUAUUUUAAUGCAGGCCAACGCUUUGGAAGAGAUGAGAAGAAUAAUUAACUAUUUAAACCAAACUCAG